AUGGAUCUGAAUAUCAUUUAUGGAUACAUAGUAGUGUUGACACUACAAACACUUGGAGCUUCUACACAGAUGUGUCCAGAUGAUCUUAACUGUGUUUGCAGGGGAACAUCUAUUGAAUGUAAUUGCAACAUCAACGGUCAAUCGGUGAAAAUCGAUACUCUACCAGGGGUGUACAUGAAUAUUAAGUGUGAAAACAUAGCGACUUUUAAUUACAGUAAAUUACCACAAUGCGUGGAUCGCAUAGGAAAUCUUAAAUCAGUCAGUUUUAAAGAUUGUCCGCUUCCAUCGACAUCUUUUAAGGAGGUUUUAACUACUUUAGGAGUAUCUAAAACAAUAUCUCUGAUAUUUCAAAAUGAAAGAAAUUUUACUCAUAAUUUUUACACGAAACAUUUUACAGGACUACAGGAUCUUACUAAAUUAUUAUUGUCUCUGAAUGGGGUUAUUCACCUCCCUGAGGAGGUAUUUACGGAUUUGAGUAAUCUUAGAUGGUUAAACAUACGAAUUAAAUCAAUUAGAAUUUCAGAGAAAUUAUUCGAACCCCUACAACAUUUAGAAACAUUGGAAAUCAGUCACAAUCAUCUGACUACAUUUUCCAAAAAAAUAUUUAAACCUUUAAAGUUUUUAAAAAAGUUUUCACUAUGGCAAACUAAUAUCUCAAGUUUAUCAAAAGAAUUUUUCGAAGGUCUUAAAGUUUUAGAAGAAUUAGAUGUAAGCUCAAAUGGUAUUAAUGAAUUACCUGCAACAAUUUUUAAUCCAUUAACCAAUUUGAAAAAACUUACUUUAUUUUCGAAUAACUUUUCUGUGCUACCACAAAAUUUAUUUAGAAGAAAUAAGGAGUUAACGACAUUAAUUAUUCUAAAUAACAAUGCUAAAAUAAAAGAAUUGCCAAGACAAUUUUUGGGAAACUUGUCCAAUUUAGAACAGGUGCAUGUACAAUGGUGUGGAAUAGAAUUUGUGUCUGAAGAUAUAUUUUUCUAUUCUCCUCUCAUUACAAACAUAUCACUGGCACACAAUGAUAUAAAGAAACUACCAGAAUCUCUUUUCAAUGAUCAAAUAAAUUUGUUGGAAUUAGAUCUCAGUUUUAACAACCUAAAAAGCCUUGAGGCCAAACUGUUUUCGUCAUUAGUUAGACUAGAGAGACUUAAUUUGUGCUGUAAUUCAAUAUCUGAAAUAUCUGGGUCAAUCUUUUCACCAUUGUUAAGUCUAAUGUACUUAAACAUGGAAAACAACAAACUAAAACUUAUAUCCUCCAAUAUGUUUGAAAAUAGCAAGCAAAAUAUGUGGAUAUCUUUUGCUUUAAAUGAACUUAAUUUCGAAAAUAAGAUUUUAGUGAAUAAUUCAUGGAAAAUAAAUGCAAGUUCUCCAUUUAUGUACACAUAUAACCUGAAGUUGCUUAAUUUAAGCCAUAAUCAAUUUAAACAAGUGUUUGCUGACUGGUGGGUCAAUGGCCAUGAAAAAGUAGACAUAAGAUUUAAUUCAAUUAAAAAUCUAUGGGGCGUCAGGGAAAACGGAAUGUUACAAAACAACGAAACAACAAUAAAAACUCCUACUAAAGAAGUUUUGGUUGAUAAUAAAAAUUUAAUUUGUGGGUGUCAAAAUUUCUGGUUUUUGGAUUUUGUUCAAACUCACUGGAAAACAAAGGUAGCCGAAGUUGAUUUCAAGCAUUGUAAUAUAUGGUCGUUUACAGUUUGUUAUAUGACAUUUUAUAUAAUGAUUUUUAUUAUCGCUACCUUUAUGGUUAUUGCUGUUAUUGUUACAUUUAUGUACUUUAUUUACAAACAAAAAGUUAACGCAUUCUUAAAAAGAAUAUGUUUUAACUUGUUUCGUCAUACUUUUUAUAAAAAAGAGGACAAAAAAAUUGUUGUCAAAUACUCUAUAUUUGAUGAAGAAUUUGUGCUACAAGAAAUAAUACCUGGUCUAAAAGAUUAUGACAAUGCAAAAAUAAUAAUGAAGCCUGUGAUGACCCAUAAAAAUAAUUUAAUGAAGAAAAUUAUGAGUGAAAAUGGCAUAGAGAUGACCUUUGUUAUAUUUUCACCAAAUUAUUUAAUGACGACUUAUAGUCAAGUAAACAUAAAAAAGAUUCGCGGUGAGAUGUUAAAAGCAAAAAAUACAGUAUACAUUUUUGUAGAUAUUGGGCCCGAUAACUCUAUUUAUGCUUUUCUUAAAGAACAGCGAGAUCCACAGAUAUCUAUUUUAUGGAAUGAACUAAAUUUUUGGGGAAAAGUUAUGGAUAUCUCCUCAAGAGAUUUUCAAAAUAGAAUAAAAGACCGUAAAUCAGAAAAUGCCUCGGUUAAAAAAUUAAAGAAAGUUAAAUUCUCUUCAAAAAAGUCUUUUAUGAGAUUAUCAGAUUGGCCUCAUUUUGAAACUUUUGAAACCUUUGCACAUAGUCAAGUUUAG